AUGGCCACAAUUAAGAUCGCAGAAGGAAUACAUUCGAAACACGCUCAUACCACUGCCAUUGACGACGAAGACGACGUCGACCAGAUCAAACUCGCGGCAAGAAGAAGCCAAGAUGAUGGUAUCUACAACAUCAGAUCUCGGGCCCGAGCCCGAGAUCAUUCAUUGAGAAGGACUUCAAGCUUUCUCUCGACUGAUGAGGAUUCCGGAUUGAGUAAAGAUGGCGAUCUGAGAACAGCUCAAGUCUUCCGUGGCAAGACGUUGCUAUGGCUUGCUUAUCAGUCAGUAGGUGUGAUAUAUGGAGAUAUUGGCACGAGUCCACUCUAUGUCUACUCUUCCACAUUCACCGAGCCUCCUAGCAAAUCAGACCUUCUAGGUGUUCUUUCCCUCAUCUUGUGGUCUUUAAUUAUGAUGGUUACAGUCAAAUACGUUCUCAUCAUCCUGUUCGCUGACAACGAUGGUGAAGGAGGUACUUUCAGCACAUAUGCCCUCCUGAGCCGAUACAUGAACAUCACGAAUCGCGAUCCUAGGGAAGCCUCACUUGUCCGAAUGAGGCGGUGGGCUUCAAGUGACCUUGAGAGUGCUGGGCGCAAGAUGCGCAGAGGUCUGGAAACUAGCAGAUUCCUGCGUGGCACACUCCAAGUCAUGGGAGUGCUCGCGGUAUCCAUGGUCAUUGCCGAUGGUGUUCUCACACCAGCUCAAUCCGUGCUUGGUGCUGUGCAAGGGAUCAAAGUCGUGGACCCUACGCUUUCGAAAGGAACCAUCAUUGGUGUCACUGACGCCAUUCUCAUCCUCCUGUUCUUAGUACAGCCUCUUGGCAUCACAAAGAUCACUUACCUCUUUGCACCGAUCGUUCUAGUCUGGCUUGCAAUGAACUCGGUCUACGGCAUCUAUAAUUUAGUGAAUUAUGACACUAGUGUGUUCAGGGCUUUCAACCCGGGCUACGCCUUUGAAUUUCUGAUCCACCAUAAAGAACGAGGAUGGAGACAGCUUGGUGGUGUGUUGCUGGCCUUCACCGGGGUUGAAGCGUUGUUUGCCGAUUUAGGUGCCUUCACUGCACAGGCUGUUCGUAUCAGCUGGCUCUGUUACUGUUUGCCCUGCCUGUUCCUAGCAUACAUUGGCCAAGCUGCAUACAUCAGUGUGCAUCCUGAAGCUUACGACAAUCCAUUCUUCAAAGCCGCACCACCGGGAACGAUCUAUCCGUCGCUGGUAGUCGCUAUUCUUGCCGCCAUCGUUGCUUCACAGGCAAUCAUAACUGCAACUUUUCAGUUGCUUGCGCAGGUCAUGAAGCUAUCUUACUUCCCACAACUAAAGGUCGUUCAUACAUCGAAAAUAUUCCACGGUCAAUUGUAUAUCCCUCUAGCGAAUUGGCUCCUCAUGCUCGGGACGGUUCUGGUGGCGUCAGUAUACAACAACACAACUCGCCUUGGUAACGCUUACGGCGUGUGUGUCAUGUUCGUAACCUUCUUCGAUACAUGUAUGGUCACCUUGGUCGCUAUCAACGUCUGGAGGUUCAGCCCAUGGCUCGUUGCUCUACCGUGGCUAGUCAUCGCGUGCAUGGAUGGCACGUUCCUCUCAAGUGUACUGACAAAAGUGCCUGAAGGUGCUUGGUUAACACUCCUCAUAUCCUUCUGCAUAACAGCCGUCUUCCUAGUCUGGAGAUAUGGCAAGGAGCUACAAUGGUCCGCAGAAGCAGAAGAUCGACUACCAACCUCGCACUUCGUGAAGCAAAAUGCAGACCGAGAGCUCACUCUGACUCACAAGUUCGGUGCAAUACCAGUAAGCACAAUCCGAGGCUUCGGCAUGUUCUUCGACAAGGCCGGAGAGACAAGUCCAAUCGUCUUCAGCAACUUCGCCACGAAAUUGACGGCACUACCUGAGAUCAUGGUUUUCUUCCACCUUCGUGCGCUGGAGUCACCCUCAGUUGCCUUCGAAGACCGAUACACGAUAUCUCGCCUAUCAAUCCCCCAUUGCUACCGAUUAGUCGUGCGAUACGGCUACAAUGACGAAGUCGUCACUCCCGAUCUAGCCGCGAACUGUCACGAGCAACUGAAGCAGUACCUCCUCAAACAGCAGCACGAGCGACGACCAUCCAUCGCACGACCCAUUAACGGCGCCGACGAGAAAUCGCCAAUGUCAACACUACAAGACAACAACAAUGAUUUACACCACAAAAUCCGCGACGAGAGAAUAGUCGAUGAGCUGGCAAUACUAGAUCGCGCUCACAACCACAAAGUACUGUAUGUGGUCGGUAAGGAGCAGAUGAAGAUCAAGCAGGGCACGAAUGUGGCCAAGAGGGCUUUGCUUGAGAUAUUCCUGUGGAUGCGGGAGAAUUCGAGGAAUAAGAUGGCGAAUCUCAAUAUUGAUACCGAUAAGCUUGUUGAGAUUGGCUUUUUGAAGCAGAUAUGA